UUUUGUUUACCUGUCUUUGAAAAAGCCAGGCGAAAACCGCUUAUGUUACUUUACUACCUAGCUAUUUUUUGUGGGGCGUUUUUGGGGUUUGUUAGCAAUACAUGUGUGGGCAAAACCACUUUGGUCCAGAAGGCUUGUGAUGCUUUAGUGUCAUCAGGUCAUGCUUUGGAAGGCUUUUACACUGAAGAGGUCAGGGAAGGUGGUCGGCGGGUGGGGUUUGAUGUGGUCACAGUAAGUGGAGAAAGAGGCCGCCUGUCCAGAAUCAGAGACAUUGCUGGUGCCUCUCAUGGCGGACCCGAGUACACAGUUGGCCAGUAUGUGGUUGAUGUACCUUCAUUCGAAAGCCUGACUCUCCCCCUCUUCAAGAAGGUGGGCUUAAAUGACGGCGGAGGCAAGAAGGUGUUUGUCCUCGACGAGAUUGGGAAAAUGGAACUGUUCAGCCAGCCGUUCAUCAGGGUGGUGAGACAGACACUCGACUGCUCUUCCUGCACCAUCUUGGGCACCAUCCCCAUUCCCAAGGGCAAACCCUUAGGCCUGGUGGAAGAGGUGCGGAUUAGGAGUGAUGUCAGAGUCUUCACGGUGUCUAAGGAAAACAGAAAUGCCAUUCUCCAAGAUAUUCUAUCAGCACUCCAGGAAUGUUUAAAACGGCAAGGCUAACUUUGAAAAUAUUAUACAAGUAAAAUGUUUUUUGCUGCAUGGUUGUGACCCAAACACCCCAAGUUUCUUGAUGAGUUAGUGUGUCACAUGCAUUUAUUUAUGUAUAUAUUUCACUUUUUGCCAAAAUAUAUUGAAUGUUGAAUAAUUGAUCAUGAGAUGCAGGUUACCUUUCUCUAUUGUUUGAGUUCAUUUUUGAGUUGAAAAAUAAUUUUCAUGUGGAAUUUGAUGGCAUGCUCAUUGAAAUGCAAUUGUUUGAAGUUCUUCACUUAUUUAAAAUCUGUAUUUAUUGGAUAAAAAGACUAAAGAAUAAAAGUAUUUUCA